AGCAGUUGGGUGUGGGGAGAUGGGACACCAUAAUUGCUGCAACAAACAGAAAGUGAAGAGGGGGCUUUGGUCACCUGAGGAAGAUGAGAAACUCAUCAACUAUAUCUCCAACUAUGGCCAUGGCUGUUGGAGCUCCCUUCCUAAACUUGCUGGGUUGCAGAGGUGUGGGAAAAGCUGCAGAUUGAGAUGGAUAAAUUACCUGAGACCAGACUUGAAACGUGGGAGUUUUUCUCCUCAGGAAGCUGCGCUUAUCAUUGAACUCCAUAGGAUUCUGGGCAACAGGUGGGCACAGAUAGCGAAGCAUCUACCAGGAAGAACAGACAAUGAAGUGAAGAAUUUCUGGAACUCAAGCAUCAAGAAGAAGCUCAUCUCUAAUGGCCGCCUCUCUCAUCUACCCUCAUCACCUGCACCAAACCCUAAUUUCCAAACUUUCUAUUCACUGCAGCUUCCUAGUAGCAGUAAUAUUCCUAAUUUCAUCCAAAACAACAAUAAUAAUGUUAUUCUUAAUCUCCCCUCUCCUCCAAUGGCGCAACAACUACAAGCAGAUCUAGAUCAGAUGAACAGUUUGGUAUUUCCAGUUAUGCCCUCGGUUCCAUUAUCGUCGCCGCAGAUGAUGAUGAUGGAGACAACCUCAAUUGAUCCGACAUGGUUUCUGGGAUACCCGCAACCUCAAAACCUCAUGGAUCAUUAUCCUCAAACUUCCUUGUACAACAAUAAUUUCGAUAAUGAAUUAAUGGUCCCUCUUCUUCAUCAUCAUCAUAAUGAUGAACCCAUUAUAAUCCCAAACCUUCCUGGGAAUCUCGUUUUGUCUUCUUCAUCUUCUUCAUUAUCUUCUGGUAUUGCACAGCAAGAUGAGUUCAUCGUCCCUAACCCCAUUAUCCCAUCUCUCCCCGCCUAUGAAAUCAUGCUGCCACCAAUGCCGUCAUUGUCGCCAUCUUCUUCUUCUUCGUCGUCGUUUUCUGCAGUUCCAUGUAGCCAACUCGUCAUGAAUCCUUCAACCUGGGUUCCUUAAUUCAGACAUGGCGGAAUAUGUAUGUAUAUGUGCUUCCAUUUCAUCCAUGUUUUAUAUAUAUGUAUAUGUAAACUAUAUACAUACAUUUGUCAAAUCCUUAGCUUGGGUGAAAUUAAAGUUUGCUUCUUUGAGAAAUAUAUAUAUGUAGCUAGCUUGGGUUGUGUGUAAGUAGUAUGUAGUUCUGGAGAAUGAAUGUUGCAGCU